AUGGAUGAUCUCGAGCGCCGGCUACAUCUGGUGGUGGUGAUGUAUGUGGGCGGGGCGCGGCCGGCCGUUUCUUGCGAGGAUGCGGCGGUGGCGAUCUCGGCGCAGCUGGGGAUUCAAAGGUUUCGUUUUUCAGUCCACAAGUUCCACCCGGAAGAUUUCUUUGUUGUGUUCGCGGCGCACGAGUUCAGGAAAAGGGCACUGAAGCAUCUUGGUGUCAAGUUCUUCAUCAAGCCAUGGCUUAGGCAGGCGCAAGCGGCUUCGAGGCUGAUGCGGGUUCAGGUUAAUGUCAUGAUCGAGGGUGUCCCGUCCCAUGCUUGGGCUCAAGAGACGGCGGCAGAGCUUCUUGGAAGUGCGUGCUUGAUAUAUAGCUUGGUGCCAGAGACGGCCAGCAAGGAGGAUCUGUCGUUGUUCAAGUUGAGGGCUUGGUGCGUGGAUCCUGAGGAGGUGCCGGUGUUUUGGAGGCUUUGGGUGCCGGAGCCACCGGAGCUGGUCUCUUAUUGCUCUCUGACUAUAGCGCCAGAAAAGCUCAUGUCUGCUAGGACUGCGUCGGCCGACGCACUCGGCGGCUCCGCGCGCUCCCACUCCCAAAACCCUCCUCCACUCCAGUCUCUAGGCCGUCCCACCACCACCGCACCGGCACCGAACAGCCCCACCCCCGCCCGCAGCAGAAUGCUCCGCCGCCUACCCGUUGCCGUGGCCGUCGCGGCCGCGGGCCUCCGCCGCUCCCUCUGCACGGCGCGCUCCCGCUCGCGCCCGCCGUGGGCCCUGAUCCAGCGCGCGUCGGUCGACGAGUCCGGGGCGCCGGCGCCGGCCGUGUCCUUCCGCGCCGGCGAAGCCCCGUCCGUCGCCGGCCUCACCUUCCGCGCCCACCUCGUCCACCCGCGCCGCCCCGGGGCCGGCGACGGCGGGUUCGUCUCGGGCCAGGUCGCCGCCGCCAGCGGCGACGGCCUCCUCCUCGUGCGCUUCUGCCACGCCCGCCUCGACGCCCACGCCCUCGUCUGCAACCUCUCCUGGGCCGGCACGGACGCGGACCCGGAGGUGGUCCGCUUCGUCUGCAACCCGCUCACCGGCGAGCUCUACCGCCUCCCGGACCUCGACGGCACCAAGAGGACCUCCGCCUGCCGCCACCUCGGCCUCCUCACCCAGUCCCAGGCCGGCGACGGGCCGCCUGAGAGGUACGCGGUGGCCGAGAUGUUUACUGAUGACGGAGGCCCGGAGGAGGAGGGGGACGGGGGCUUCGUCAUGCGCCGGUUUCUCUCGGAGACGGGGAAGUGGGACAAGGUGGCGGGCUUGCCGUCCCCGCUGCCCGCUGGGCGGAAGAUGGACAUCGACAACGCCGUGGUGGCCUUCGGCGACCGCCUGUGGUGGAUCGACGACAGCUGGGGCGCCAUCUCGGUCGACCCCCUCAGCGACCGUCCGGAGCUCCGCUUCGUCGAGCUGCCGAGAGGCAGCGUGCUCCCUCACCUGGACGGCAUGGCGUCGACGAGGACAUCGGGCAGCCACCGGCGCAUGGGGGUCAGCGAGGGGAAGAUGCGCUACGUCGAGGUGUCCAAGGAGAAGCCAUAUGUGAUCAGCUUGUUCUCGCUGGACGACGGGGGCAGCUCCUGGACGCUGGACCAUGAGACGGCGUUUGCUCCGAUUUGGGAUGAUGCACUCCUCUGUUCGGCACCCUUGGAGCAAAUGCUGGCAAUUGGCGCCAUCAACCCACUGAAAGCCAACAUCGUGUACCUUGCCUGCGGCGACAAAAUUCUUGGCGUCGAUGUGGUUACUAAGAAGAUAACUGGGAUUUCUGGUCUAGCUAUAGCAGUACCAGAUCAUCCCCUACUACCAUGUGUGCUUCCAACCUGGCUGGAAUCAAGCCAAAUUCCAUCUGCAGGUUGGAGCAAGAAAAACACCCUUAAAAGUGAGGUAUCGCCAAACACUGUCAAAAGGGAGAAUUUGCAUGUCGAAAUAGAACUGUUGAAAUGAAGUGCACCAGCUAAUCUUUCUUGUGGUUACUCAAAAAUGUCAAAUCAGAGUUAUUUUGGAGGAUUAGGAAGCUAAUGGUGGUACUUUCCUGAAAUCUCAUUUUGGGGGGGAUUCCUUGAGAAGUUUGGGUAUAUUAGGAUUUGCUGAUGCACUUCCUCAGUCACAGUUUGGGCAAAAGUGGCGGGAAGCUUACCGUAUUUUGGAUUUACUUGUGCGCUGUUGAAUUCAGUAGAAUGGUUGAUUCCUUAGUCAAUUCAGCAUGUAAAAAACGAUAGCAUGACGCAACGUUAUGCCCUCUUAACUUCGAAUGAAUUAAUAUCUUUUGGAA